AUGGAAAAAAAAUCGAUGAUUGUUGUGUUAACGGUGCUUUUAGUAGUAGGCACCGGUGCCGAUUAUGUUAGACCUCUUCGUCGUAAGGCUCUGCACUUUCCAUCGAGCCCUAAGCACUCAUCCAAUCCUCAACAGUUCAAAACUGCGCCAUCUCAGUUUCCGGUUACUUUUGCUGUGGCUGGCGACUUGGGUCAGACUGGAUGGACUAAAUCGACUAUAGACCACAUAGAGCAGUGCAAAUAUGAUGUUUAUGUGCUUCCUGGAGACCUCUCUUAUGCUGACUACAUGCAGCAUAAGUGGGACACAUUUGGGGAGCUAGUGCAGCCACUUGCAAGUUCAAGACCCUGGAUGGUGACACAAGGGAACCACGAGAAGGAGGAGAUACCAAUCUUAAAGGAUGGAUUCGUAUCUUAUAACUCAAGAUGGAAGAUGCCAUUUGAGGAGAGUGGGUCUAGUUCAAAUCUGUAUUAUUCAUUUGAAGUUGCAGGAAUUCAUGUUAUCAUGCUUGGUUCCUAUACUGAUUAUGACGAGUACUCUGAUCAAUAUAGUUGGCUGAAGGCUGAUCUUUCGAAGGUGGACCGUGAGAGGACGCCCUGGCUCGUUGUAGUAUUCCACGUGCCAUGGUAUAACAGUAAUCAUGCUCAUCAAGGUGAAGGUGACGACAUGAUGGCAUCCAUGGAACCGUUGCUUUAUGCAGCUAGUGUGGAUCUUGUGUUUGCUGGUCAUGUGCAUGCUUAUGAGCGCUCGAGACGUGUUUAUAAUGGUAAAUCAGAUGCCUGCGGACCUGUCCACAUAACAAUUGGUGAUGGAGGAAACCAAGAAGGUUUAGCACACAAGUACUUGGAACCCCAACCUGAGUGGUCGAUCUUCCGUGAAGCAAGCUUUGGUCACGGCGAGCUCAGGAUAGUGAACUCGACUCACGCGUUUUGGAGCUGGCAUAGGAAUGAUGACGAUGAACCAGUUAGGUCUGAUCAAGUCUGGAUAACCUCUUUGGUUGGUUCAGGGUGCCUUGCUGAAAGGAGUCAUGAAGUGAGAAACAUACUCGUGGAACCUUAA